AUGGCCUGCACUGGCCUGUCACUCUCCAGCGCCUUUGACAUUCUAGGUGCCGCAGGCGAGGGCAAGCUCUUGCAUCUUAAGCACAAGCUGAAGACCCUGCGCCCAGGCUGCCGGGGGGCGGACCUCCUGCACGCCAUGGUGCUCCUGAAGCUGGGCCAGGAGACCGAGGCCAGGAUCUCCCUGGAAGCGCUGAAGGCGGAUGCGGUGGCCCGGCUUGUGGCCCGCCAGUGGGCCGGCAUGGACAGUGCCGAGGCCCCAGAGGAGCCCCCAGACUUGUCCUGGGCAGUCGCCCGGGUAUUCCACCUGCUCGCUGAGGAGAAGCUGUGCCCGGCCACUAUGCGGGACAUGGCCUACAAGGCUGCCCUCCAUACGUUCAGCUCCAGGGAUGACCACCGGCUCUCAGAGCUCCAGGGAGAGGCCCAGGACCGCUGUGGGUGGGGUAUCAUCAGGGACCCAGGGAGCUUCCAGCCCCUUCACUCUGAUCUGGACUGCCUGCCACCAUCCUCAGUGUCACCCUCGGGCACUCACAGCCUUCCCCAGCCCAUCAGGCACCUUUCGGACUGGAGCAGAGGGUGUUCCCUGAGAUCCACCGGCAGCCCCGCCUCCCUGGCCAGCAAUCUGGAAAUCAGCCAGUCGCCCACCAUGCCCUUUCUCAGCCAUCACUGCAGCUGCCACGGGCCCAGCAAGCUGUGUGACGAGCCCCAGGCCAGCCCGGUGCCUGAGCCUGCCCCCACGGCCUGCCAGGAGCCUGAGGAGGUGAGCUGGCCACCUUCGGAAGAGACUGUCAGCCCCCCAUCGCUACCAAACAGCUCAGCCCCUAGGCUUACUGAGCUGGUCCCAGAUGCAAGCCCUGGCCAGCUCGACCCCCCCAAAGCUCUGGAAAUCAGCACCCACUACCCGGUGGAGUGCACAGAAGUGUUGGCAGCCCCCAAAUCUCUCUCCUUGCCCUCCAGAAACACUUGCCCUGACAAGGACCAGCCCCCACUCCCACUUCCUGUAGAAGAUAUCACUUCCCAGGUGGCCAGCCCAUGCCCACCUGCGCCCUCAGCCCUGAGGACGUCCCCUCCCUACCCUGCAUCAUCGACCCCUUCUUCCACUGGCUUGGCCUCCUCCAGCCCAUGCCCCCCUUCUCCCGAGUUGGAGUCAGAGCAGAAAUUCUAUAACUUUGUGAUCCUGCACGUUGCGGCGGAUGAACACAUUGCCCUGCGGGUCCGGGAGAAGCUGGAGGCCCUGGGGGUCCCUGAUGGGGCCACCUUCUGUGAGGAUUUCCAGGUGCCCGGGCGGGGCGAGCUGCGCUGCCUACAAGACGCCAUCGAACACUCGGCCUUCACCAUCCUGCUGCUCACCCCCAACUUCGACUGCCACCUGGGCCAGCACCAGGCGGGCCAUUCGCUGAUGAGCAGCCUCACGCGGCCCGGGUGGCAAGACUGUGUGAUCCCCUUCCUGCCCCUGGAGAGCUCCCAGGCCCAGCUCAGCCCCCACACGUCCAGCCUGCUCAUCGGCCUGGUGUGGCUGGACGAGCACUCCCGGAUCUUCGACAGGAGGGUGGUCAACACCUUCAAGCCGCAGACGCUACGAGCCCGCAAAGCCCACUGGAGGAAGGAACAGGACGUGCGGGCCCUGCAAGAGCAGCACCGGCACCUGGAGGGCGAGCGGCAGCAGGUAGCGGCACUGAACGCAGCCUACUCGGCCUACGUCCAGAGCUGCUUGUCCUGGCAGGCGCAGAUGGAGACACUCCGGGCGGCCUUCGCGAGCCACAUGCCAUUUGGGACUCAGGGGCACCCCGGGGGCCCGGGGCCUCUGGGCGCCCCCCCGCCCUUUCCCUCCUGGCCGGGCCAUCAGCCGCCCCCUGAGCCUCCGUGGCUGGCCGGCUCGCCCGCGCCCGCCUUCCCGCCGCCCCCCGCCUUCCCGCCGCCCCCCGCCUUCCCGCAGGCCGGCCCGGCGCCCCCUCCGAACCCCGGGCUGCAGCCCCUCAUCAUCCACCACGCCCAGAUGGUGCAGCUGGGCCUCAACAACCACAUGUGGAACCAGAGAGGGACCCAGGCGCCCGAGGACAAGACGCAAGAAGCAGAGUGA